AUGUCUGCUGUCGAUUCCGCUCGCUUUCGGCUAACGACGCCGCCGCGUCUUUCUCUUGAGGAGUACAUCGGCUCUGGACAUAGUCGUCAUGUCUCCAACUCUUCCGUCUAUUCAAGCGAGUCUUCUCCCUGGUCGACUAUGACUGGAAAUACCAGUCCUACCACCUCGCCAACUAGACAUUAUCAUGGCCCGAAGCUAUUGCCUAAGAUCAGGCCUCAAGACGUCGUGAUUGAGCCAGUGUCUGCUGGCGGGCCUCUUCGUAACCGUCGCGUUCUGUCUAAUACACGGAACCCGCCUCCUGGAUUCAUCCCUUACCCACUGGUGCGGCCAUCUGUCAACCGCACACAAGAUGUCGCGGACCGCUUGACAUUGGCCUCUCCCAUCUCGCCGGCGCCAAUGACUACGCAGGGCUGCUUCCCUGCCUUGUCAUCGCCCGUGACUAUCACCCCUUCGUACAAGCGCAAGGCAGGCGGGGGCCACUCACGCUCAGUAUCGGCAUCUGUCAUCGAUGCCGCCACUUUGACCCGAUUUGGGUAUCCCACCUACCGGGAGCUGCCAAAAUAUGCACCUCAAAUGCAGGCCCAGACGACUCCGACCACCCCAGUUACGCCAAUUACCCCAAACAUCAUGCCCUAUCCAUCAUACUCUCAAAGACUGGGGGUGCAGAAUGCUCCUGCAACUCCAUUGACAGUGCCGACACCUCAAUAUAACUACCGCCACGCAUCGGCUGCUCAGCAUUCACCGGUCUCGCUCAGUCCCCAGGAAAACCUAACCCCAAGGUCCACUACUCUACUGUCCUACCUGACCCUACCAAUCCAACCAAUCAAUCUAGUCCGCAACGUUAGCGUAAUUCCUACUCGCGGUCUACACGAUUACUUCUGGUGGGACAUCCGUAACCUGCGCAGCUGGAGCUCCUUCUCACUGGCGGCAUUCGACUCCCUGGAUAGCCGACUAAUUCAGCUCCUGAAGACCGAAAUCCCAGCAGAGCUCACACCGCACGUGGCGGUAUCCCCGGCAAGCCUAGCGCCAGAAUCAGAACACGACCUAGUGAGCCUAAUCCGCGACCUCUACGCACCGCCCGUAAACGCCGCCCUAGCCGUCUCCCAAGGCGAAGACCACCUCCAACUCUACGCUGCCCCAGACGUGCGCAACACAGGCCAAAAAAACCACGGCCAUCCGCACUUCCUAGCAAACUAUGCCUCAGACACUGAGCAAACAAGCGCCGGUCUCCCGCGCGGCCGACUAGUUGGCAUCGUGAAAAGCUUCGACCGCUGGAACACCGGCAUGCGCAACGAAGCCCCCCACAGACGCGUAAAGUACCUGAACGGACUCGCCCACCUGCAGCGGUGCAUGCGCGAGCACUCCUGCCGCUACGGUUUUAUAAUCACCGAGAUCGAGCUCGUCUGCGUUCGAGCAGGCUGUGACACCGGCGACGACAUCCCCUACUUUGGGUACCUGGAGAUCGCGGCAUCAAUCCCACUCAAGACAGCAGCUACACGGAGCGGGCGUGCACACGCGCGCGAUGCACCUCUCACAACGCCCAUCAGCGCGCGCUCUUUCUCGUCGUCAUUCCCCUCGCAUCAUGACUCCUCGGACCCGGACCCGGUUGAGGAUGCGUUGCCGGCUAUGACGGCGGGUCUAGGCUUGUACUUUUUGUUGAUGCUUUCAAAGUCGGUGCCGCUUCCGCAUCAGCCUUCUGCUCAUCUCAACGUUGGCGGACCUGGUGCGAUGACUCGUCAGAGGAUUCUGGAGGAGGCGAAGGAUAAGUGGAUUCCUGAGCCACAGGUUGGGGAGAAGAGGGAUGCUAAAAGAGUGAGAGGCUGGGUUUGGCCUUCGGAUCCUUGGCAUCGGAGAGAAGGGGGUGCGUCUAGGCGGAAGGCUGGGACGAAGACGAAGAAAUGGCAUAAAUGA